CACCAACUCUAAUCAAACAAAUCUGUGGCCAAAACAGCUCAGAGCAGAAACGCACUCAACACUGGACUCUCCAUCUCAGCACACAAGCUCCUUCUCUCUGCACACCUCCACUGAUACAGGAAGAUAUUGGAGAACGAGGCCCAUUGACUUCAGAGGUCUAUUAUACAACGGCACACACAACCUAACUGAAAAACAAACUGUUUACAAAGUACAGCGCCUCCUUCAUACCUGGCUGGGGUUCAGGAUGACCGGGGUCAGUAACCACCCACCAACUCUAAUCAAACAAAUCUGUGGCCAAAACAGCUCAGAGCAGAAACGCACUCAACACUGGACUCUCCAUCUCAGCACACAAGCUCCUUCUCUCUGCACACCUCCACUGAUACAGGUAGGAAAGGUAGAGGAUGACGGUGUCUGUGCUUCUGUCUCUCAUCCUGAUGUGGGGGAUUUCAGGAAUAUCGAGAGUUCAUGGCGUCCCGAGACACGAAGAAAAGAACGUUGCUCUCAGAGCCGAGGCUGUACAGUCUUCUACCGGUUACAAUGGCCCAGCAAACAAAGCUGUGGACGGCGACCUGCAAACCAAUUACCACGUUUCGAGUUGUACUCACACUUUAAGGCAGAAGGAUCCCUGGUGGAGAGUGGACUUAUCAAAAACCUACAACAUCACCAGGAUUGCCAUCACCAACCGAGGAGACUGCUGUGCACAACGACUCAAUGGGGCUCAGAUCCGAGUCGGAGACAGUUUGGAGAACAACGGCAACGGCAACAAGAAAGUUGCGGUCAUACGAGCCAUUCUAAGUGGUCAUACCAAAUCGUUCCGGCUACACGACGCAGUAGGACGUUACGUGAACAUCUUCCUCGCGGAGAACAGAAAUUUCUGACGUUAUGUGAGGUGCAGGUAUUUGCAGACGUGAUUGACGAACAGAAGGCGAGUCUCCUCCCUGAGAAAGCCGGCCUCCGCAACGUCGCCCUCAGAGGAAGAGCCACCCAGUCCAGUCUGAACGGCUCUGGAAUGUGGGCCGGCUUUGGGAUCGCUGGAAACGCCAUCGAUGGGAACCGGAACUCGAACCUGAUGAUGGGCUCCUGCACUGAAACAGCACAGGAGAGUGCCCCCUGGUGGAGGGUGAACCUUCAUCGCAAAUACACAAUCUCCACCGUGGCUCUGACCAACCGAGGGGACUGCUGUCCAGAAGGUUUAGACGGUGCCGAGAUCCGGAUCGGGAAUUCCAUAGAGAAUGAGGGAAAAGAUAAUCCACUCUGUGCCACUGUGUCCUCCAUCCCUGCUGGACAGACCGAGUACUUUAACUGCAGCACUCUGCUGGAGGGCAGCUACGUGACCGUGUUCCUGCCCCGAGAGGGAACUCUGAGUCUGUGUGAGGUGGAGGUGUUCGGAGUGCCGCUCUCCCGUCGCCGGAAUUAGAGGAAUUAGAGGAAGAGUGUCGGCGCUCCUGAAGAGAGAGUGAAACACCUUUUUACCUCCACCUACGAUAAAAUCAUUACUCAGAAUGUGCAUGUACAGAUGUUUCAGUGUAACCAAACAUGACUGUAAAACUGAAAUAACGUCCUAAUAAAUUCAGAAUGUUGACAUUUA